AGGCUUGUGAUUGGUUGCUUUGCUCGUACCGCCUGUGAUGAUUGGUUGCUUUGCCUGUUGGCAGCCUGACUUGCACCGGAAAGGAAACCGAAUUAGCUCUGCUAACACAAAAGUCUUCUAGAUCCACUUAUUGAUAUCUGUGGUCUGCCUCCAGUGAGACAAUGUGUGACAGAGAUGGUCUAGCACCAGAGCCUGCUGGACUGGACGGUCUGCCGCCACUGUACAGCAUUUCCAAGGGAGAGGUGGUCUCUGUGCAAACCUAUGGAGCGUUUGUUCGCCUGCCAGGAUACAAAAAGGAAGGCCUGGUACAUGUGAGUGAGAUGUCAGCCUCACGGGUUGAGAAUGCAUCAGAGAUUGUCGAUGUGGGUGAACAGGUGUGGAUUAAAGUCAUUGGGAGAGAGAUUCGGGAUGACAAGGUGAAGUUGUCCUUCUCAAUGAAAGCUGUCAAUCAGGGAACAGGGCAGGACUUGGACCCCAACAAUGUCAUGGCAGAGCAGGAUGCGAGGCGACGUAAGCAGUUUAGAGACCAAACUGGCAACAGGAUCACACUGGAGGCUGUGCUCAACACAACGUGUUCAAAGUGCGGCUGCAAGGGUCACUUUACAAAGGAUUGUUUCAGUGCUCCGGGCUUGCAGUACGCUCUUUUGCCUGAGGAGGACGAUGACGAGCCACAGCAGCAACAGCAGCAGACCUCCACAGUUGCACCACAGCAAGACUCAGACAAAAAAAAGAAGAAAAAGAAGGAGAAAAAAAUGAAGAAGAAGAAGAAGAGGGAGAGGAAGGAGUCAGAGACGGACAGCAGCAGCAGCAGCAAUGGUAGCGAAUGCAAAUCCAAGCGGAGGCGCCACAGCCACACUCAUGACAGAGAGGACAAAAAGAAGAAGAAACACAAGAAACAUAAAUCUCAUAAACACAGAUGAGGCAGCGACAUUCACACAGACACACAUGCACAGUCACGCUGCAGCUAUCACACAAAAAGGGGAAUUGGGUAGCAACUGACAGAGUGACAACCUUCCAGUUAUGUCUCUUUAAAUAAUCUCUCCACCGACAGCUUAUUAUAGAAACCUUCCACAAUUUAAGUUGAGGAGAUAUAUGCUUGUUGACCUCCUAUAAAGUUUUGCAAACAAAAAAAAUCAGAAGACAAGCCCCACUUAUCCUAAAGAACCUUCUGGCUAUUCCAACAGAGGGAGGAGUUUAUACAACGUAUGAAACCAGAUAAGUGUAAGCAAUAUGGCAGCAAGUGGCUAUCUCUCUUGACUCCAGAUAUUGUUCACAGCUAUCCGGUUUCUAAUGCUCUGGGAAAUCCAUUAAGCAGACAUGAGGCGGUAAAGCCGACUCUUAGGGAGGGUCUGACAUAAAUAACCUUGAAAUAAUACACACAGAGAGAGCCGUACACACACACACACAGACACACAGACACACACACACACACACACACACAGGAAGAGGUAAAUACACAAACAGGAAAUGUAAUGUAGCAAAAGCGAACAUGGCAGGAACCUCAUGCUAUGGUGAUAUCCCUAGUUUGUCCGCUGAUUAUUGUGCAUCUCUGUGUACAUCCAUGUGUGUUUGUGUAUCUUUCCUCCAGGGAACUGCUCACAUACACCCCUCUUCCUGUAUGUCAACUGUUAACUCCAUUAAAGGUGUUUUUAUUUGUAAAGGUAAAAAAAAAUGCCUCUUGAUGUCUUUGUUCUCGGACCUUGAACUCAUAAUGUUACUGUUAAAGUCAGUCCCUGGGGAAACAAAAAACACAAACAUCAGAAAUUCUCAGGUUGGGUCUGGUCCACCCUGGGGUCAAUUUAAGUUAAUGUUUUAAAGUGAGGUAAGGCAUCUAAGAGCUGGAUC